ACGCAUUCCACUGUGAGAGUGAGCUCGGCAAGGCGCGAGGAAUUUUGAUUUGGGAGGCGCCAUUUCUCCAUCCAGGUAUAGAUCCGCGCGCGCUUGAAUCCCCAGCGCUCGCGAUCGAAAUGGGGGCGCUGGCGGUCUCCGGGACCGCGCAGAUCAAGCAGCUGUUCGAGGAGCAGCACAAGUACCUGGAUUUCUUCUUCGCCAAUCUCGACUACGCCCAGAUCCAGGCCUUCACGGACCUGUGCCUGGCCGCCGAGGGCGUCGUCUUCUUCUCCGGCGUGGGCAAGAGCGGCUACAUCGCCCAGAAAAUCUCCCAGACGCUCGUCUCCACGGGCACUAAGUCGGUGUUCCUCAACCCCACGGAUGCCUUGCACGGCGACAUUGGCAUGGUGGGAUCCAAGGACUUGGUGGUGUUGCUGAGCAAGAGUGGCGCUACCGAGGAGCUCUUGAGGCUGGUGCCGUGCUUGAGAGCCAGAGGGGCGUUCGUGGUGGGGAUCUCUUCGCUGCUAAACUCGCAGCUUAGCCGGGUGUGUGACAUGCACGUCCAUUUGCCGCUCGAGAGGGAGCUCUGCCCGUUUGAUCUCGCGCCGGUGACUUCCACCGCCAUCCAGAUGCUCUUAGGCGAUACGGUGGCGAUUGCGCUCAUGCAAGCGAAGAAUCUGACUAGGGAGGAGUAUGCUCUCAAUCAUCCGGCUGGUCGCAUUGGCAAGAGACUCAUCUUUCGAGUUCGAGAUGUCAUGAAGAAAGGAGACGAACUUCCACUAUGCAAGGAAAACGAUCUGAUAAUGGAGCAGCUCUUGGAACUCUCUGCAAAGGGCUGUGGUUGUCUUCUCGUCGUCGACGACAACAGGCAGCUUCUUGGUACCUUUACCGAUGGUGAUCUCCGUCGAGCACUCAAGUCCAAGAGGGAGGAGGUUUUCAAGCUGACUGUCGGGGAGAUGUGCAACAGAUCUCCGCGAAAAACAACGGCAAAUGCGAUGGCUGUCGAUGCCAUGCAGAUAAUGGAAGGGCCUCCAUCCCCCGUCACAUUUCUUCCCGUGGUGGACGAAACUGGCAUUGUAAUCGGCAUCGUUAAGCUUCAUGACUUGGUUUCCGCUGGCCUGUGACUUAUAUACCUUCACACACACACACACACACAGGAAAAGUGCUGCCGGACAAUAACACUUGUACUCCAUACAACUUCGCUUCUCGGUUUGUAAGUUUUUCUCAGGCGAAGGCGUUUAUUCGCUAUCAUAUGGACCACUUCUUAGUACUUACCGGUAAAUGAAUUUAACUAUCCUUCUGCCCUGUUGGCA